UCUUGUAGCAAUCGAAUAUUAAUUGAUGUGAUUGAGUUAUUGCUGUCAGAAUUGAGUAUGCCGGGACAGACAACAAUUAUGUGAACAAUUUGUAAUUCUUAGUGAAAAAGUGUGAAGUUUAGCCCAUGAUGUGUGUGUAAUGCCAAGAUCCCCGGUUGCCCCGGAGCAGCGAGCCAGAUAUGGUACCGAAAGGCAUUCAUCAUCUAGCAUUCAUCAGCGCCAACGCCUAGAUCUCGUCCGAAGACGGACAGCUCAAGCACCAGCAAGUUCGGCCCCGAAAUCGGGCAGCGUGCUCCGAUCUUUUAUUCCUCCUUCAACCCUGCCAGUCCAGCAGCAGCAGCAGCAGCGGGUGGAUAAAGAGGCGAAACGAAACGGUCUUUCAACAACAUCUCCACAAGCGCACACUCCUCGCGCCCGGUGAUGGUGCUCCCGUGGCCGCCAGGUUCUUUCGGCGAGAAAGGGAACCACCACCCAACAACGACGAGCGACGUCGUAACAAUGAAUGCCUCGGCAUUCCCUUUCGGCUGCUGGAACACUCCAACACCAGCGGAGACGGAAUAGAACAACGAAAUAUCGAGGUGAUAAAUGGUUUCCUAGCGGUUGACGGCGGCGACGACGGCUUGGAAGUGGUUUCUGCGUUCCGGCCAUUUAAGCUUCAUUUCCCCAACGAUUCCUCACGCCUUCCUGGAUCCUUUUGUGAUGAGUUGCUCGGUUGGUCCAUGAAACGAAUAUCCCAGCCAUUCAUCUUCCUCAACAAACAAACACUAUUAGGGAAACAUCGGAUGGGUGGGACAUCGGAUGGAAAUAUCCGCCAGUAAAACAUCAUCUUGCGGAUUUCAUGGAAUUGAAGUCCAAUUUGUAGGAGCUCACAAAAUAUGCCUGUCCCCCGGCUUCUUCAAUCACAGCAUCAAAAUCCAUUCGCCCGGUCUGACAAGUUUUGUCAACGCUCGCGAACGCGCAUACGUGUGUCGCAUCGGAUUUGUCUCCAUCCUCGGGAACCGGACAGCUUCACCAUCGAUCCUUGUCUUGCUAUGCUGCACGGUGGAGCUACACGAUGUCCAAGUCCUUUUCACGCUGUGCGCCGAGGAGGAGCAAACAAGGGCUGCUGUACCUGUGCACUCCAGACGCUAUGCUGCAUGGUGUUCGUGGUGGUAAUCAUCUGUCUGGCGAUCGCACUGGGAAUCUACUUCGGCAUCUUCCACAAUCGGGACUCAAACUCUAGCACUACCACGACAACGCCAAGCAGUCUCAUACUAAGGGCCCUCAUGCCCGACGGCUUCCACGAGGAGAAAGAAUCGACCUGGGUGUACUGAGAGUUCUAACUCAGCUAACGCCCAACACAUCCCUACAAAUGCACAAUGCUGUGAUAUGUGAUUAGAAACUAAGUGGAAACCGUCAAGUGAACCUGCGUGUAGAAUUGAGGCAGCAGCCCAAAUUCCCCGUUCAAAUAAAUCGAUUGGAUUUCGAAACACAAAGAA